AUGAGUGGUCUUGGCUUUGUAACGGGAGGUGGCAAAAAGUCCAACCCGCUUGCUUCAGGGAACAACGGUACCCAGGUGGAUGCCGAUGGUAGCGGUUCUGGCGGCCCAGGAAUGGGUGGCAGGGGUUCCGGUUCUGGAGCAAGUGGUUCUUUGGGCGACGCUGGGGCCGGUGGACUAUCCGGGCCAGGCGAAAGCACGGGCGGCGGCUCUUCGGGACAUGCCGGGGGCGCUGGCUUCGGCUCUGGAUCAUCGGGCGCAAUGUCUGGAGCUGGCAGUGGUGAUGACGGUUGUGCAUGCAAGAGCGACUCGUCCACCCAUUUGCGUAUACGAAGCCUUGAGCAGUAA